AGGCCUCCACUUGGCCGCGCGCGGCUAAUUAAUGUGUCGCCUGCGAACUUAGAUCAAAUGGCUGAGAGCGGCAGCAGCGGCGGCGGCUCCCCCGGCUCCUCCACGGGCACCCGCCGGCACCGUCAGCCUCCGCAAAAUAACAACUCGUCGUCGUCGGCGCACCACAACUCUGCCAACAACAAUGGGACGUGUGGAGAAAAGUGAUGCUGGGAGGGCCACCAGCAGACGGCCGCCGCUGCUGCUGGCCUGAUUCGACGCGCCAUGACCGCGGCCAAGUCGCCCUUCGCCAGGUUGCGGGCGGCUAAGCCCCUCAGGAUCAUGGUACUCGGCCAGGGAGGCGUUGGAAAGUCUGCGUUGGUAGUGCGAUUUUUGACGCGGCGCUUCAUUGGCGAGUACGACCCUACUCUGGAGAAGAUGUACACAUUCAACAACACGAUAGACAACGAAGUGGCCAACCUGGAAAUUUUGGACACAGCCGGCCAGCCUCACGAAACGGAGUGUCCCGGCUUGGAAGCAAACAUCAGGUGGGCGGAUGUGUUUAUUCUAAUGUACUCCGUGACAGAUAAGUGCUCCUUUGACGAGUGUUCGCGCCUCAAGUUCCUCAUCAACUACAACAAAAGAAGGCGGCGACUCUCUUCUUCAGCCAGGGUAGAGCCUCCUGUUUUGUUGGUGGGAAACAAGUCGGACCAAAUCGCCGACCGGAUGGUGACUUUUGAAGAAGGCCACAAACGAAGCGCAGACAUCGGUUGUGUUUCCUUCCACGAGAUCUCAGUGCGUGAAAACAUCGAGGAGGUGUGGGACGUUUUCAGGGACGCCGUGCGCAGGUGGCGGUCGCUGACCAAGUGUCCACGCCUCAAGAGGUCGAGCAGCGAGGUGCCCUCGCAGUCCAGCGUCUCCCCAAGCCCCAACAUUCCAUAUCAACAGCAAACAGGCGGGCGGCGGUGGGAGGAAGAGGCGCCGUUCCGGGACCGGGCCAGCACGGACGGCACCCUGCACUCCCGGCCCACUUGGCGCCAGCAGCAGCAGCAGCACCAGGCGGCCCCGCCGAGCCCCUCGGGGGCACCCCUGCUGGAGAGGCGCAUGAGCAUCUCGAUGCGUGGCUCGCCCAUCGACAAUUAAAAACUCAUCUUCCUGCACUCCCUGGUUUUUUUAUUAAUAUCGUUUGAAGGGUUCGAUUGCCCCUGGGCCGCCAGUCACAUUUUCUGCAGUCUGAUGAGUGGAUGAAAUGUAAAGACAAGGGUUUGGCUUAGCUUUCAAUUUAAAUAUGCAGCACUCUAUUUUUUAACGUAAUCUUGUGAUGAUGGCUUUUGAAUUAAGAUUAAGGCUACUAACUUUUAAUCGUGCAACUGAUAAUUUAAACACUCGAUGUUCAUUCUAAAAGAAACUAUAUCAAAAUAAAUACGAAUAUUAAUUCCUUUCA